AUUCCACAAGAAACCUCUUCCCCGACCAAGAAUAGCCUUCCGGUUGACCUGUGGUCUUUCGAAAUAGAAAAGAAGCGUGGCGAAACCAGGUAUGCCCUGUCCCCUCGAAAAACUCUCGCUGAGUGCCGUGGACCGUCCUCAACGGAAUCUGCUUUGGUGCCCGAUAAAGAACAUGAGGAUGACCAUCACACCAUUACUACAAGUCACAGCUCGUUCGAGAUGUCGGUUGCUUCAUCACGUCGUUCUACACGCCACCAUCCACGUCCACCGUCUAAACAAGAAGUCGUGAUUGUCGAGGAAGAUGAUUCUAUGGACGUGGACGAUACGGCCUCUAUAGCCAGUUCCAUGUCACAAGAUAACGAUGCCUCAUCCUUUUCAUCCGAGACUCCCAGACGUUCGGCUCGGCGUGCCAAACCACCAAAACGUUACGAUCCGUCGGCAUUCCAUUAG